AUGCAUGAGACACAAUACGGCCUUCUUCUGUCCAUUGCCAACUCACGUGAAUGCUUCAAAAAAAGCCCCCAGCGCCGACUGUGUGCGUCCCAGCUGAACAACACCGCGCUGGAUUUGGCCGCGUCGUGGGACCCGGACGGCAACUGCUCGGACGAAGAGGCGGCGGCGGCGGCGGGGCGGGCGGGCGCCGGGCGUGGGCGUGGGCGUGUCGACGACAUCAUCGACCACAGCAUCGAGAUCGAGAGCAACAAGCGCAUGCGCUCCGAGAACGUCAACGCGUGGACGCUGCGCUUCAAGCGGCGCGACAUGGAGACGGAGCACUUCUCUGCAUUGCAGUUCUGCCACUUGAAAGAAGACAUGUUCAAAUCCAACAUGGUAUGCUGCUUCUGCCUGUGGCUGUUUGUUGUUGCGGUGCAAGCUGUCAUGGUACCUUGGUGCGUGGCGAUGGUGGCGACGCUGUGCGUGGCGACGGCGGCGCUGUCGGCGGCGCUGGUGCUGGUGAUGGCGGAGGAGUUCCCGCAGCUGCCGCUGUUCCUGCGCGUGGCGUCCGCCGACCUGGUUCACCACCGGCGCCGGCGCACGGCGCUCGCGUGCGCCACGCUGCUGCUCAUGGCCGGCGCCUCCUCCGUGGCGCUCGUGCGCCUGCCCGCCAGCAGCGUAAGCGCACGCCCGCACGCAGCA